UACGUUAGUCAUUGCAAUGGGGGACAACACUGCAGUUUUCGUGGUACUUUUUAAUUGAAUGUGUCUUUUACAGCCUGACACUCUGUGAUUGUGCUGGAGGAUGGAUCCUGUAGUGCUGAGCUACCAGGACAGCCUGCUGCGGCGCUCCGAUGUGUCCUUACUGGAAGGACCUUACUGGCUCAACGACCAAGUCAUCGGCUUCGCCUUCGAGUACUUUGCUGCUGAGCGCUUCAGAGUCCUGGGGGAGGCCAUCAUCUUCAUCAGCCCAGAGGUCACCCAGUUCAUCAAGUGUGCUUCCUGCCCCGAUGAGUUAGCUCUGUUCCUGGAGCCGCUGGAUCUCGCCUCCCGCCGCUGGGUCUUUCUGGCCGUCAACGACAACUCCAACCAGACGGCCGGAGGUUCCCACUGGAGCCUGCUGCUGUACCACCACACCUCCAACCACUUCGCCCACUAUGACUCUCAGAACGGCAGCAACUCCCUGCACGCGCGGCGCAUCGCCAGCAAGCUGGAGCCUUUCUUGGGCGCGGGGAGGAAAUCGCUGUUCGUGGAGGAGCCCUGCCCAUCGCAGCAGAACAGCUAUGACUGUGGCAUGUAUGUCAUCUGCAUCGCCGAGGCCUUGUGUGAGAAGGCCAGGGUGGAGGGCUCGCCGCGCCUUCCUGUGCAAAUCAUCACCCCGGCCUACAUCACCCAGAAGAGGGCCGAGUGGUGCAGACUGAUCCAGAGUCUAGCUCAGAACGACCUCUGCUGCUCCCUGUCCUUCCCUUAGCACGUCGGUCGUCCUCAGUAUAUGCAGAACAGCCCCACAUAUCUACUGCUGGAGAAUCUGAAUGCACUCCUUGAAUACAGUAUAUAACUAUAUAUGAAGUAUAUUUCUAUUACAGUCUAUCAUACUGCAUAGUAGAGUAAAGUUUAAAAAAUAAAGCAGUGUUAUGAAUCUCUACAGAUUCAGAGAACAGUUGGUGUCAUGUUUAUUCCAUGUAUAUGCACAGCAACGUACAGUAUGUAAACGAGAACACCAGCAUGCCUAUAAACUGAAUUUCCUCUUUGUAUAUAUUGAGCGAGGAUGGAGAACACGUCACGCGGAAGAGGCGGCACGGACCUUUUCUUUUCUCCAUUUUAUGAGUUCGGAGCGAAUGUAGAAAUGUUUACACAGAUUAUUGCUCAGGGUCAUUUUAAAUGAACUGAAUUGACAAUAAGAAUGUGCAUAAUUAACUCUGGCUCCUGCUUUAUGUCACAUGUUUGUUUUGUUUCUCAGUUUGAACGGGCGUCGUGUCCAAAGCUACUUUCAGUUUUGAGGGCGUGAAAAAAAUUUGCUGUGUGAGGCUAACGAGCGCUGUGUGCUGUGACUGCUGAUGGGACAAAGGGCGGUGCUGAGUGGAGGAAUGUAUGUGCUCAUGAAAAGGUUCAAAGUCAUCGUCUGUUGAUUUAAUAAAUGUCACAUUUUUGUUGACAAAAUGGUGAAAUUA